GCGUCAAACUCAGAUGUAAACAUUCAUCAUGGCGUCUGGUGUGUUAUGGUUUUCACUUCUGCUCGAGCUGUUCGUGCACGCGACAGGAUUCACUGAAGUUCAGCAACUAUCAGAUUCAUGUUACAAACCAAUGAAGGAUCACAGACCAUCAUUCAGAAAGACGUAUCCCCGGCCUCAUGAGUAUGUAAACGUCUCUGAUCUCCCUGCCUCCUGGGACUGGCGUAACAUUGAUGGCAAAAACUAUGUAAGCGUCACACGCAACCAACACAUCCCUCAGUACUGCGGCUCAUGCUGGGCCAUGGGCUCCACCAGUGCACUCGCAGAUCGCAUUAACAUCAAGAGGAAAGGGGCGUGGCCUUCUGCGUACCUGUCAGUGCAGAACGUGAUCGACUGUGGAGGGGCCGGGUCCUGCCAUGGAGGAGAUCACAUGGGCGUUUAUGCAUAUGCAAAUGAGCGGGGCAUUCCUGAUGAGACCUGCAAUAAUUAUCAAGCUCGGAAUCAAAAAUGCGACUCGUUUAAUCAGUGUGGCACAUGCUCGUUCUUCGGUUCUUGCUCCACAAUUAAAAACUACACCGUGUGGAAAGUCGGAGACUACGGAGACGUCUCAGGACGAGACCACAUGAAGGCUGAGAUCUACAAAAAUGGGCCAAUAAGCUGUGCGAUAAUGGCGACCAAAGGCCUGGAGGUGUAUGAUGGAGGGGUUUUUGCUGAGUUUCACAUCCUCUCUAUACCAAAUCACAUCAUCUCAGUGGCGGGCUGGGGCGUCACGGAGGACGGGACCGAAUACUGGGUCGUCAGAAACUCCUGGGGCGACUUCUGGGGAGAGUCAGGCUGGGCCAGGAUCGUCACCAGUGCAUUUAAAGGAGGGAAAGGCAACUGGUACAAUAUCGGCAUUGAGCACAACUGUGCAUAUGGAGACCCAAUCGUUACAUAGAUCUGGAGCAAUUCCUCUCAUAGACUGGAACGGCUCUGGUAUCAGAAGCUAUGAAUCAACCUGUUGUUUAUAAUUGCUAUUGUUGUUUUUUUAAAUGUCAACUAAUUGUUUAGGAUGUAAUUCGUUGUUGUCAUAUCAAACAUGGGAGAUCUGCCAUAUUAUAAUUUUAAAAUCUUAAAUCAAAUCUGUAAGAGUGAAUGCAAUUGAUUGAUAAUAUGCAAUUGAGUGAUUCCAUGCAUGAUGCAAUUCACUUAUUUCAUUACAAUCACUUUCUUACAUUUGCCAAAUACUUCAAGAGUGUUAGAGGUUGAUCACUUUAAUGCUUUAAAUAUUGCACAUCAUAAAUCAGAACUCUUUGUAUAAUUACACUUCAGCAUUAUUAUUGUAACAGAAAUUAUGUUCUCUUUUAGCUGUGGCAAUUAUUUUUGUUCAUAUUUUUUUUUUGCCUAUUUCAUUUAUUGAGUGAAUCUAACCUGUUAAACAAAUCCCUGGUGUCCGUUUUACUCAAAAAAAGAGAAAGAUUUAAGUGUAAAUGUUAAGUAAAACAUGACUAUGACUGUAACUCUGUAAUAAUGAUUUUAAUGGCUGUGCAAUGUACAGAUCAUAAAGUAUGUAAAUACA